AUGAUUUGCAAAAGAUUAGCACCGAUAGGUACAAGAUAUCGUGCUGUGUUUUAUGGUGGUGGAAAUGAUAAGAGCAUAGGUCGAAACAUCAACAGCAGCGCCAGCAGCAGAACACCGUCAAAGUGGACGCAUUAUUGUGGUGUUUUCCUUCGCCGUGAAUUAUGUUCUUGUUCUGUGUUUAUUUCACCAGCGAUCAAAGUUGAGCGUAAACAGCUACACCAGCGGCACUUUUCGCAGCAGUUGCAGAACAAUAACAGCACACAAGAGAUGGGUGAUUUCAAUACAAUCGCACGCCCCUCUGCUCAGGGAAAAUUGUUGGAAAAUAAGGCCUUCUUCCCCGAUCUACCGGCCCGUGGUCCAUUGACAACGUACCGCAAGCAAGCGAAUAUCGACUGGCGGAAAUUAAAACUUUCCUUCAAUGAUGAAACAUCGCUCGAACUGCAGCAUCGCGUGUGGGCUUUCGCACGCAAACAUCCACUGUUUGCGCACCCGAAUCGUAUGCUAACGAUGGACGAGGAACGUCACCUAGCCACGAAGCGGAUGUACGUGGUGCAGAAUGAGAAGAUGUUCACGCUUAGUGAUUACCUGGAGCGACCCGAUCUUGCCGCUAUCUACCAUCAGGCAUGGAUUGCGUACGAACCGAGCAUGGCCGUGAAGUACUCGCUCGGUUUUGGUAUGUUCCCGUCGGUCAUACGCACACUGGACGUCGGUCGUCUUGAUGAGAUCGUUGAACGCAAUGAAACGGGCGAAUAUUUGGGUGCGUUCGGGCUGACGGAAAUUGCUCACGGUACUAAUGCGAAGGGUAUGCGAACGACGGCAACGUACGAUCCGGCAGCCGGGGAGUACAUUCUGCACACGCCCGAUUUUGAGGCGGCGAAAUGUUGGAUAGGAAAUUUGGGUAAAACCUGCACGCAUCUCAUCGUCUACGCUCAGCUGUACACUGCCGACGGUAAAAAUCAUGGAUUGAACGCGUUCGUAGUGCCAGUCCGUGAUCCGGCCACGUUACAAGCCUACCCAGGUGUUACCGUCGGAGAUCUCGGUGCAAAGGCAGGUCUACAAGGUGUAGACAAUGGAUUCGUCAUGUUCCGCCAGUAUCGUAUUCCGCGCGACAAUCUCCUAGCCCGCACCGGAGAUGUUAACGAACAGGGCGAGUUCGUGUCGCCGUUCAAAGACCCGGCCAAACGAUUCGGUGCCUCGCUCGGCGCUCUCUCCGGUGGCCGCGUCAGUAUUUGUGGCAUCGCCAACGUUUACCUCACGAAAGCGAUAACCAUCGCGUUGCGCUAUUCGGCCAGCCGGAAGCAGUUCGGUCCGGACGACAGUGAGGACGAGUGGCCCGUGCUCGAGUAUCAAUCGCAACAGUUCCGUCUGUUUCCGCAUCUCGCCAACAACGCUGUGAUACGCGUGUUUAACCUCUGGUUCGGAAAGGCGUACGGUGACAUGCAGCUGAGGAUGCUCGGUGGAGAAAACGUUGGAGCGACCGGGAUGGAGGUGCACGCACUGUCGUCCGCCGCCAAGCCCGUGUGUACGUGGGCGGCCCGGGACGGUGUGCAGGAGUGUCGGGAGGCGUGCGGUGGCCACGGCUAUCUGAAACUUUCGACCAUCGGUGAUUUGCGGGGCAAUAAUGAUCCGAACUGUACGUACGAGGGUGAAAACAAUGUGCUGAUCCAGCAGGCGUCGAACUGGUUGCUGAGCGUCCGUGCAAAAGGUUACGAAAAGUUUGCUGAGGUAUCGCCGCUGGGAUCGGCACAGUUUCUAGCACAAUAUGCAACUCUCAGUAGGCGAAAGGCUAGUUGGAGAGGUCCAUCGGAUGCGGGCUCAAUUGCAAAUCAACUGGAAGCGCUGGAUUGGUUAGUAGCCUACUUAUUGGAGGAAUCGUACCAGAAAAUGUCAACUUUAAAGCAACAGGGCAAGUCUAGCUUCGAGGCACGAAAUGACGUGCAAUCGUUCUUUGCGCGGACACUUUCUAUCGCUUAUGGAGAGCGUAUGCUGCUGUACGUAUUUGGUAAAUUCCUGUCCAACCUUGAGGAAGGUCCCGAACGGCAGGCACUCGAGCGGCUCGGUUCGUUGUACGGUGCUGGAACAAUUCUACGACACAUCGGCGUAUUCUAUCAAGGUGGAUACUUCUCCACCCAACCAAACGCAAUGGCCUUGCUGCAGCAGGCCGUACUGGAUCUACUACCGAACAUCAAGCAAAAUGCGAUCGCAAUAGUCGAUGCUAUUGCUCCACCCGACUUUAUCAUCAAUUCACCGCUCGGCAUGAGCGAUGGUGACGUGUACCGGCACAUGGAAUCGGCGAUCAUGCAAGCACCGGAAGCACUCGAACGACCAAAAUGGUGGCGCGAUGUGGUGCAUCGAGAUUACGUGCAAUCGAAGCUCUAA